GAGAAGAAUUUUUUUUUAUCUUUAUUUUUAUGAACGUUAUACUCACAGUUUAUGCCUCUAAUUUUAUGGAGUUUUUAAUAUCUCUGAAAACAUAUAUAUAUAUGAAGCAUUGACAGCUAUAGGAGGGCACCGCGAGGAUAGACAUUAAAACCUAUUGGCACAUGCAUAUAUAGAUAUACAUAUUUCAUCUCUUAUCCAUCAUUGCAAUGAUGCAACUUUUUUUUUUCUUUUCUUUUUUGUUGUCAAUGCAUCAUGUAUUUUUUUAAUAUAGAUUUUCAGGUGAUUUUUGUUUACUUAUACAUUAUUAAUAAUCUCAUAUAUUGUUGCCAGUUGUUGUAACUAAAUGGAGAAAAACAGAAAUCAACUCUCAAGGGAACAACAACGGCAAAUACGGGCAGCAUAUGAAAGGAAAAGAAAGGAAAGAAUGAACAACGAACAAACACAGGAACGGUUGUUCAGAAGGCGGGAAAAUUAUAAGAAACAAAAAGAAAGACGAACAAAUGUCAAUAUAUCAAAUAAUCUUCAGCCUAGGGUGCCUUCUCAACAUUUCACAAUUAUGAACUUUCCAAGAUCUCACUUUCAGGGAACCCAUGACCACGAAGCUGGACCAAGUAACGUUACACGUAUAAAUGAUGCUACACUUGGUGGUAGUGUUCCGUCAAAUUUACAAGAAACUCAUGACAAUGAAGAAGCAUCAAGUGGAAUAGAUAUUAAUGACAUUGUACAUGAUAGUAUGGAAUUUGAUGAAAAUUUUGACGAAGCUCAAAUACUUGAAGUGGCUUUAGAAGGCGCCGCUAAUGUUACAUCGUCACGCCAUCGUCGUCAAGGUCGUAGUGUUCCGUCAAAUUUUCAAGAAACUGAUGACAAUGAAGCAGCAUCAAGCGGAAUAGAUAUUAAUGACAUUGUACAUGCAGAUAGUAUGGAAUUUGAUGAAACUCAAAUACUUGAAGUGGCUUUAGAAGGCGCCGCUAAUGUUACAUCGUCACGCCGUCGUCGUCAAGACAACAUACGUUACCGCGAGAUCUUCCAACUUUGUCAUGAGUUAAAAACCAAAAAAUUUGACGCAUAUUUCGAUAACCAUGAGGGAGACUUUCAAAAGAGAUGGAACACAUGGAAGGAUGAACAAUCAAUAUCAUCUAUCAACAAAGUUGAUAAUAAGGUUCAUCGUCUAAGAGUUUACUCUGUUGGGUGGGGUGCCACAGUAAUAACAGAUAAAACACAACUGUGGAACAUGGUGAAAAGAGAAAUAUUAUCUCAAAGGACGACUAGGAAUAUCCAAAAUGUUGCAGCAAGUAUUAGUAACCAUUCACACAAAUCUUUUAAAUUAAAGCAAGACAUCUCCAUUCUUCAGUUUUUCAAGAGUAAACAGUUCAUUGAUAAAGCAAUAUAUGGAGAACUGGUGAGAAUAUUUGCAAGAAUACUUGAGUAAAUCCAAUGGACUGCUUAGGAAUUGAAUUUUCAAAAUGACUAUGUCAGCAAGAGAGUGACUGAAUUAGUCAGUAGCAGGGAUUCCAAGUUUGUAACCAAAUGUUGUCGUUGUUAUUACGGAU